ACACCCCCUCCCACACUAUCCCUCUUUAACCAAACCCUCAUAACCUGGUUUUGCUCCUCUCCUCUCAAGUAGCACCCAAAAUCUAUACUCCUAAACCCUAGAUCUCAGAUCUCUGCUCCUAACAAAGAUGGUGUCAGACGCGAGCAAGAAGAAGGCGGCGCAGAAGAAGGCGGCGGCGGCUGCCAAGAGAGGGGGAAAAGCAGCGGCGGCGGCCGCAUCUUCCAAGGCGGCGGAGGCGCAGAAUGGUGUUGAUAAAGUUGCUAAUGGGAUUGGAGCUAUUCAAAUUUCCGAUCGAACAUGUACUGGAGUUCUUUGCUCGCAUCCUCUCUCCAGAGAUAUUCGUAUUGAGUCCUUAUCAGUCACUUUUCAUGGACACGAUCUCAUAGUUGAUUCUGAGCUGGAGCUUAACUAUGGAAGACGUUACGGUUUGCUUGGCUUAAAUGGGUGUGGGAAAUCUACACUAUUGACUGCAAUAGGGUGCCGUGAGCUCCCAAUUCCAGACCACAUGGAUAUUUAUCACCUCAGUAGGGAGAUUGAAGCUUCUGACAUGUCUGCUCUGGAAGCUGUCAUAUGUUGUGAUGAGGAAAGGUUGCAACUGGAGAAAGAAGCUGAAGCCUUGGCAGCGCAGGAUGAUGGAGGUGGAGAGCAACUUGAGCGUAUUUAUGAGCGUUUAGAAGCCUUGGAUGUAGCAACUGCGGAGAAACGUGCUGCUGAAAUCUUGUAUGGUCUUGGUUUCAACAAGAUGAUGCAGGCAAAGAAAACUCGAGAUUUCUCUGGUGGUUGGAGAAUGAGAAUUGCAUUGGCACGGGCUCUAUUCAUGAACCCAACAAUCCUGUUGCUUGAUGAACCCACCAAUCAUCUAGAUUUGGAAGCUUGUGUCUGGCUGGAGGAGAGUUUGAAGAAAUUUGAGCGCAUCUUGGUUGUGGUUUCACACUCCCAGGAUUUCCUGAAUGGUGUUUGCACAAACAUCAUUCACAUGCAAAACAAGAAAUUGAAACUCUACACUGGUAAUUAUGAUCAGUAUGUUCAGACCCGUUCUGAACUGGAAGAGAAUCAGAUGAAACAGUACAAGUGGGAGCAAGAGCAGAUAUCUUCAAUGAAGGAGUAUAUUGCCCGAUUUGGGCAUGGGUCAGCAAAACUAGCUCGCCAGGCCCAGAGCAAGGAGAAAACACUGGCAAAGAUGGAGCGAGGAGGGCUUACAGAGAAAGUGACGAGAGACAAGAUUCUUGUCUUCCGUUUUGUUGAUGUUGGAAAGCUACCACCACCAGUGCUGCAGUUUGUGGAAGUCGCAUUUGGUUAUACACCUGAUAAUCUGAUUUACAAGAACCUUGAUUUUGGGGUAGACUUGGACUCCAGGGUAGCGUUGGUGGGACCAAAUGGGGCUGGUAAGAGUACGCUGCUGAAGCUGAUGACGGGGGAAUUGGUUCCUCUUGAUGGCAUGGUUCGGCGUCAUAAUCACCUUAGAAUUGCACAAUACCAUCAGCACUUAGCUGAGAAACUUGACUUGGAAAUGUCUGCCCUUCUGUAUAUGAUGAGAGAGUACCCAGGCAAUGAGGAAGAGAAAAUGAGGGCAGCAAUUGGGAAAUUUGGAUUGACGGGUAAAGCCCAGGUGAUGCCAAUGAAGAAUCUGUCGGAUGGGCAAAGGAGCCGUGUGAUUUUUGCCUGGUUAGCCUAUAGGCAGCCCCACAUGCUUCUCUUGGAUGAGCCAACUAAUCAUUUGGAUAUUGAGACAAUCGACUCCCUGGCUGAGGCAUUGAAUGAGUGGGAUGGCGGUUUGGUUCUUGUUAGCCAUGAUUUCAGGCUCAUAAACCAGGUAGCGCAUGAGAUAUGGGUUUGUGAAAAUCAAGCUGUUACUCGUUGGGAGGGUGACAUUAUGGACUUCAAGCAACACCUCAAGGCGAAGGCUGGACUGUGAUUGAAGCAGCAGAUAAACCGAGGAUGGGUUUGAAGACCACUAUAUUACACUAAUAUUGUCAGCUAUUAAAGCUUGGCUUUAUUUAGGCCAGGAUGAUAUUUUCUCAUGGGGGGUGGAUUAUGAUGAAGAAAGCUAUUGAGCAGGAGGGACGAAGGCUUUUUUAUUGUUUGAAGCCGAUUUGUUCCGUUAUUUUUUCUGCUCGGUUAUUAGGUAAUAUUUUUGUUUACAUUUGCGCAUUUAUGUCAUGUUAUACUUGGUUGGCCAAGGAGAUAUAUAUCGAUACUUAAGUAGGUUUAGAUAGGUUUAGAGGUGAUGGCUAUGAGAUGAGAUCUUUACCCAUUUAACCCUAUUGUGGUAUUGGAGAACCUAUAAUUAUGGUAUUCUAUAUGUAAUGUUUCUUUAUUGACCGCCUAA